AUGUUCAACGCCGUCAAAAAACUUCGCUCGUUAGCCACGUCAGUGGUUCGACCGAAUGGCCUAAUCCUAACGAUCUUCUUGAUACUUUCUUUGAUCACAGAUGGCGCCGCACAAAGCUCUUCGCAAACGGCCUCGGCGGUUUCCCAGGCGGCCUCUGCGGCUUCUCAAGUGGCCUCCGCAGCUUCUCAGGCCAGCUUACAAGCUUCCUCUCAAGCAGAUCCUCAAUCACCUUCCCAGACUCUCGCACAAACAGGUUCUCAGGCCUCAGGGACCCUCAUUCCUUCGUCCAACGAUUUAACAGCCUCCAUCGACGACUCAUGUACUCCAGAUCUCAAAGAUGCGAUAAACCAGGCACUGCGAGAUCUAUCGCAGAUGGUGUUGGAUACUGUCAAGGACAAGACGGAUCAUAAAGAUGAUUCUUCUUCUCCGGAUAUAUGGGGUCCUGGGUCCGAGGGAAAUGUGACGAUCGCGGGAAAGUUCGCUUUCCUUCCGGAUGUGGCGGGGAAAGCAUUCGGAUAUAACGAACUUGCAGUUCCCUUCAGCGGCGACGAGGGCGCCUCAAUCCUUCUGAAUGAGUUCUUUAGUCAACGUACGCAAUCUCAGCCAAACUACAACGUGUCUCGACUGCAGCCUGAUAAGAGUAUUCAUAUUGAGAAUCUACUCCGUCCGGAUCAAAAGGCCGACAUCACAAGGAUGCCUUACGUUAAGAACAUGCCAGACAGCCCUGGAACGCAAAAGAAUCUUCAGUCUAUCAAGGCUUUUGGUGAAGCCUAUAAGGAUCAGUUGGUCAAUAGGGACGCGAACCGCGAUCUCACCUGCUUCGGCAAAGAUUCGGAUAAGCAUCCCUACGCGAAAGACUUUGAUGGAAACAAGGCGGUCGAAUUCGCCGGACAGUUCUGUGAAGAUAUAAUUAAAACGUGGGACGUAGCAACCCCAGUUCCACCGACCGUGCGGGACACUUCGGACUUUCGUAACGCUAGUAGAGUGUACUCACUCGAGGGAACAAAUCCUGAAUCACAUCUCGGAUUCUUUGCGGUCGCUGAUCCCGCAUUGUACAUACAACCUCGGAACAUUAGACAGUUCUUUGAAGGAGCAACGGAUGAGGCCAAAAUCGACCACUGUCGCUUGACGUACAAAGACAUUAUACGCAACUGCGACACGGAUGCCACCAAAAGACGUGGUGGUGUACUCAAACUGAACGACCGCCUCUACGGUGUCUACACUACUCCGGAUGACCGAGAGGGCAAUCUACCGUGGCUGACUGACUACGUUCCUCUCGGAGACCUCAAGUGUUCGGAUUACAACCACACGAGCUACUGGCGUAUAGCAACAUCCAUCGAAGGCACAUCAGAUACAAAGGCACCCGUCGAUAUUACCGAGAAGGAAAGAUUGCGUAAGAUUUGCUCAUGCUGGUACUCUGCUUUUCCCUUCACCUCGGAUCUGUUCUGCAAACGCUCUGCGCCACAGUGUGAGGAUCUGGCGACCGACGACAAGAGGAAAGCGGCGGUUUGGGACAAGUUUGCCUGCAAAUCGUAG